AUGAGUGCGCGAGAGUCUGAAAAGGGCCAUCGCUAUGUGGUUGCCCUGGAUAAUGCUCGAAGUCAAAAUAAAUGGGAUGAGGUUCCUGAAUUAAUCCGGAAGGUCAACAAACAUGCACCUCACAAGACUUCUAGAGCAGAGUAUCAGAUCGUCUCUCACUUCCACAAAACUCCGUCAACCGCAAGCCCUCCGUCCUCGUCCCCUACCGAUUUAUCAGAAUUAAUACCAUCGCUCCUUUCCACGAUUGACAAGGCAGAUGGGUCGAAACAGGAGAUAUUCCAGGCGCAGGUUUGCUUAGGAUGGGUUCACUACACGCUGAAUGAGCCGGGUCUGGCUGCGGCACGUCUUCCCAAAGACUUCAAAGAGGAGUUGGACGCCCUGACGGCUACAGGUGAUGAACUGUCGCCAUGGACCAGAGCUUGCUUUCUCAAAGGCUGCUAUAUCAAAGGAGCUGCACAGCAUCAGGUUUUGGGGCCUCAAGAGGCACUGCAAGUGUUCAAUUCUCUCGUCCCCUGGUUGAACAGCACAAGUCUAGGAUCUUCGUCAAACCAAUUCCUGUAUUGGUCUGAGAAGAUGUUAGCGGAUGGCGCAUUGAUUGCUGGAGAGGAAGUCUGCAAGGAUAUCGCCUCGGCAGAUAGCGAACUAGUGGGGAUUGCCUUAAGAAUCUUCCGAGCGUGGUCCUCUCAUCCCUCCAUCAAGUCAAGAGAGAGCCUGUCUGGCAUGCAAAAUGAGAGCUCUCCAGAGUCUGUCCCAAAAUCAUCCAUCUGGAAGUCCUAUUAUGAUCUCCUUUCCGCCAUCCUUUUACAUGAAUUACCAUAUACUGCACCGGCGCAAGGCCCGGAGCGACUGCAGCUUGCCACCGAGUUACGACGUGUAGAGGCCAUAUGUGAGGCUAAUCUACUCCGUGAAGUGAAAUUUCCUACAGCCGAUAGUGGAAACGAAAUUAUCGAGGCAUGGGUGGAGCAGGUCAUUCAAAACUGGAAAAGACUAUGUGGCCCUCAAUGGCAUGACGACGAACUUGGGGAAGGUGGCCAGCAUGCUUUGGGGAAGAAUGUUCUCGAGAUUCUUUACCGUGCUGCGACUCGAACAUAUCAUUCAUUUUUGAUUUUGAGGCGUCUCUUCCACGUUCAUUCAGCACUGGCUGAGUUCGAUCUCGCAUUUAAAGCGCUUGACUCAUAUAUAGAAAUCGUCACUGGCGCCAAGGAAAGAGCAGAGAAGUCGGUCCCGAACGAGCACUUGGAGGAUGAUGGCGUUUUCAUGCGAACGCUUUCAGAAAGUGUCACCAUUUUAUGUUCUUAUGGUUCUGAGAAAGAGGCGGAAAAGGCUCGAGAUCUCACCGCUAUCUUGAAGGUGUUCAUCAAUAACCAUGUUACGGAUAGCGAGGAAGGACAGGGGAGGAAAAUGAUUUUUGACCCCACCACCGUUUCGCCCGCUGAUAUCAGUGCAACCUACCGUGCCAUUGGUAUUGGUCUUGCCAAUUGGGCAAGCUGGACGCCAGUGAACGAAAAUCGCGAUGACAUUCGAGCUGAGGCCAUUGAGUGUUUAGAACGAAGCAUUGCCCCGGAACUAGGUGAUCAGCUCAACUAUUCGUCCCUCUAUGCUCUAUCUCUACUGUUGGCCGAGAAUCGGGACCUUGAUGCUGCAAUCGACUACGUUAAGUCGGCAUUGUCGUCAAACAAGGACCCGGAAGCCACGUCGGCUUUUAGCCGUGAGCGGGACUUGAUACCAUUAUGGCACCUUCUGGCACUACUCUUGAGUGCGAAACAGGAGUACGAUAUUGCCGAACGCUCGUGCGAGGCUGCAUUUGAACAAUUUCCCGCCGCGGUUACCUCUCUAGCCCACAGUGACAGAAGGCCCGCCAAACACCAAACCAACGCGCAAGAACAAACAACGCCAAGAAAGGCGCUCCUUGAUCAAUUACGGAACCGAGAAAAGGAGCGUAUAAUUGAAACUCGUAUGACCCAACUCGCUUUUGUGGAGGUUUUGGAGGGUCCUGAGGCUGCCCUCAACCAUAGCGACCAGCUCCUCGGCCUUUUCGGUACUCUUUUCCACACGUUGAAUCUUGAGCCUGAAACUCAAUCAAACACGAAGACAGAUCUAUCUGUCCGGCCGAAAAGCUCUUCCGGUACCGUGAGAAGCUUCCGCGGCAGCAUUUUCGGACGGCACAGACCUCCCCGCGUGCCAGAUCAAAAGACUUUGCCGAAUGGUGAAUUCAAGGCUGACACUCCAUCUCAGCCAUCGCCUCAGACUCACUCUCUCCACCUCGAUGGUGCGCCCUCUAUACACGUGACAGACGAGAACGAUCCAAAUGUCGCUGAUGGUCAUGCUUCUUUAGCAAGAUCUGAGUCUCGGAAACUGCGUAAGCGCAGCAGCACAAUCAAGAAAACUGAUUCUACCCUAGACUCAAGAAACCCUAAUGGCGAUAGCGCUAGUCAAUAUGGUCCUGAUCGUGGCGAAAUUAAUGGACAGCACCGUGAGCAGGAGAUACCUAGCCCAGAAAUGGUGCGUAGUGCUGUCUCACAAGCUGCCGAUCAGCCACAGAGCGCAAAGCGAACACUGGGCCCCAUCGCGCAUAAUAUGAAACAUACGCACCUGGAUCAACCCGCUGGCCAUGAGGAUCAGCCGCUGGAGCAGGACAUUCGGUUGCCAACAUCCUACGGGUUUGAGUCGCCCACAGGAGCGUUGACCAAGUUCCCGCAUACUCAAGCCCAAAAACAUGCUCUAUGUAUUCUUGUAAAGAUAUGGCUGCUUAUCGCCGGUCUUUAUCGGCGGGCUUCGUCCUUUGAGGAUGCUGCUGAGGCAUGUGAUGAAGCUUCAAAAUACCUGAAGCGGAUAGAGACUCUCACGGCGUCACAAGACGCCUCCGCCCGCUCAUUCCGGGAGCGCGGGUGGGCUAUUCCCAAGAGCUCUGACGAACUCUGGGCUGAUAUCUACACUGAACGCGGUUUAUUGUUGAAUGCGCAGUCGCGCCCUCAUGACGCAAUGGAGCAUUUCGAGGAAGCGUUGCUAUACAAUGCUGAUCAUCCAAAGGCAACCAUCAGCUUAGCGAACCUGCUUCUGGAUAUUUGGGACCAGAAACUUCCUCUUAAGCCUCCAGAGCCGGGUGUAGAAACGGGUCUGCCAGAGAUGACUCCAGCACCGGUCAAGAGAUCAGUUGAGAGCAGGCGCCUUAGCAGAGCCGGAGUCUCUGACUUAGUCAAACUAAAGACUGAGGAACCGGAGCCUACCGCGGAAGAUGAAGAACCCAUACUUGUUAACCGAAUCGCCGCCCGGGAACGGGCCUGUAAUUUGCUAACGGCCCUGACCAGACGCGGGACCUCGUGGGAUAAUUCAGAGGCGUGGUUCGCCCUUUCUCGAGCAUACGAGGCGGUCGGCCAAACGCAGAAGCUAAAGGAAGUGCUGUGGUGGUGUAUCGAACUCGAGGAUCGACGACCGAUCCGUCACUGGUCCAAUAUAGGUUCUGGUGCAUAUGUUCUAUAA